GUGAGCACAUCUAUCAGGACGUGAAACGAAAAAGUAUUUACUCUCUGACUCUUCAAGAUGGCGAAGGACAGUGACAACACGAACUCUGUUGCUGCGUCAGAGACGACACACCGGUGUGGCCCGCUCUGCCUCGGCCCUCUGACCUUCCACGACCAGGCUGUGGGUAGCAUGGUCCGCCUGAGUCAGGGGGCUCGACGGGCUGAGAGGACCGAGAACACGUUCAGGAACGGCCUGGUGUUCAGCAGCCGCACGGUCAAGGUCCAGGAGAGGAUUCGUCUCAGGGUGGAGAGAGAUUUGUUCAACUGGAACGGAGCUCUGCGUGUUGGCUUCACCACCGUGUCGCCCUCAUCCAGGGCUCUGCCUCUGCCCAGCUUGGCCAUCCCCGACCUCACCAACAACCCCGGGCACUGGGCCGCUCCUGUGCAUGAGUCCUGGUGUCAGGCAGGUUCAGAGGUGGAGUUCUGGGUUUCUGCUGGUGGCAGCUUAUAUGCCUCAAGCAACAGCGGUCAGCACAAGCUGCUGACAGGAGUGGACCUCAGCCGGCCACUGUGGGCCAUGAUAGACAUCUAUGGACAGACCUGCUCCAUUCUCCUCCUGGGCUCAGAGAAAAAAGGACUUUGCACUAGAAGAUCCUGUCCUGCUCCUGAACCCACCACCUCCCCUAAUGUUUCCAGUCUCAGUCCAACUGCUGAUGACUACAUCUCCUGUCUCGACAUGGAAUUCCCAGCAGAUAGAGGCUGUGUGGUUUGCAUGGUGAGAAAGGCCACAGUCGUGCUGCGUUGUGGCCACCAGUGUUUGUGCAACAGCUGCUGCGUCAGAGUCUCCCAGCAGUUUGGUACCUGCCCACUGUGUCGAAGCAGCAUCAGCAGUGAUGCAUCAGAGGAGGGGAGGUGUGUUUCUGUGGAGGUCUGAGCUCCACGACACCAGACAAGAAUCACCAAAUACAAGCUACUGAGAGACUUGAAACACUGUGAAUAGAACUUAGUGAAUGUGUCCUGGUGCAGGAGAAUUAACGUUGGAGAUCUUUGCUGCAACGUCCCUGAUUGAAGUCCAACCAGGAAACUGUGUCUCAUGUUGUUCUCCUCACUUUUUCUCCAUAUUCUGUAAAUGUUGUACAACUUGUGUUAUGACGAAACAUACUGAGAAGUUGAUGUGAAGAUACAGAACUGAAGGAUUUUUCUAAUGUUACAUUUUAUAAAUGCUACUGUUUUAAAAAUGUUAAAAACUGCACUUUGUGAUCGCUAAAUAAGGAUACGAGUAAACAGUGAAGUGAGUCUCUGCCUUAAAAGAAGAUAUUUAUUACACUUGCAACAAAAUGUUGAAUGUUAUUUAUAUCAUGUAAUACAUGUUUUUCGUUGUACAGUACAUUUUUUCCACCAUGAUGUUGUAAAUAAUAAAUCAUUUAUUUUUGUAAAGUCA